AUGUCACCAAGGUUUGUAAAGCCAUUGCGUAUGCUUAUGGCUAAGAGGUUGAAUAGUACUACUGUUAAACCUUUUUAUAUCACCUCACCUAUCUUUUAUGUAAAUGCUCGCCCACAUUUGGGCCAUUUAUACUCCAUGCUCCUAUGUGAUACAAGAAAUCGUUGGGAAAAGUUAGACCCAAAUAAGCUGUCGUAUUUUCUUACAGGUACAGAUGAACACGGGUUAAAGAUACAAGCAGCGGCCGAGAAACUAGGCAUACCUCCCAAAGAAUUGACUGAUCAGGUAUCUACAAAUUUCAAGAAUUUAGGCCAAAGGGUUAAUAUUGAAUAUGACAGAUUUAUAAGAACCACUGACGAAGAUCAUGUAAAAACAGUACAAUAUUUCUGGAAAGUGAUGCAAGAAAAAGGGUUUCUAUACGAAGGUUCACAUAGUGGUUGGUAUGCUAUCAGUGAUGAAACCUUUUAUCCUGAAACUCAAAUUGAGGAAAUAGUGGAUUCUAAUACUGGCAAAAAGAAAAUGAUUUCAAAAGAAACUAAGAACGAAGUAAUAUAUCAAGAAGAGACUAAUUAUUUUUUUAAACUAUCUCAUUUCCAAGAUAAACUAAUUUCGUUUCUUGAGUCAAACCCAGAUUUUAUUAAACCGAAAUCGAAGUAUACUGAAUUACUUAGAGAAUUAAAAGAAUAUAAGUUAACCGACUUAUCAGUGUCUAGACCUUCUUCUAGGCUUACAUGGGGAAUUGAGGUACCUGAUGACUCCAGUCAGAAAAUAUAUGUUUGGUUCGAUGCUUUGCUCAAUUACCUAACGGCCUGUGGAUUUCCAGAAAAAUUUCCAAUCGUUAAUGAGAAGUAUCAAACUGAAAUCGGAAAUAUGUGGCCUGCUACUCACAUCAUUGGCAAGGAUAUUAUAAGGUUUCAUUGUAUUUAUUGGCCAAUAUUCUUGAUGGCUGCUGGAAUUGAAUUACCACGCCAAGUUGUGGUACAUUCCCACUGGCUAUGUGAUGGUUUCAAAAUGAGUAAAAGUUUGGGAAAUGUUGUGGACCCACUCGACACUCUCGAAUACUACGGGGAGGACGCAUUAAGAUUCUUUUUGACAGAAUAUUCUAAUAUUGAUUCUGACUGUAACUAUAGUGAACAGCAUUUCUACUUGACCAGAGAGAAUCUCAUCGGCAAGUAUGCUAAUUUAAUUACACGUUGCGGAGGUAAUGCAUUUAAUAUAUUAGACAGUAUCAAUUCAUUCAAAGAAGGAAAGUUUGACAAUAUAGAUGCUUUGAUAGCCGACCAUUGUCUCAACAAUGAUAGGACAAUCGAGUCUAAACAAAUUAUCGCUUUGAAGAACGAGUUGUCAGAUACCCUCAACCAUCUUUAUGAAUCAAUGGAUCUGAGCAUGUCUUCCUUCGACCAUAUGAGAGCUAUCCAGAAAUGGUGGAUACCUUUAGAGAAAGCUAACCAGCUCUUUCAACUAGGCCAACCAUGGCUUUAUACCAAGUCUAUCAAAUCUGAUACCGUAAGCGACGGAGACAAGGAAAUCUACAAAACCAUUCAAAAUUAUUAUGUUUUCAUGGCCGCUGAAACCUCCAGGAUCUGCUCAGUCUUAAUUAAUCCAAUAAUACCCAAACUUUCCUCAAAAAUAUUAGACAGGUUGGCGGUUUCGCCAACGAAUAGAACUUUGCAUUUCACAUCCAUAGGGUCAGAUUUGACAUAUGGCGAAGAUGCAAAUUCAAAGAAACAUAAAAUCCCCAUCCAGAGGAUCCCAAUAAGAUCACUUGAUUGA